AUGGAAGGAGGUCUUACCCGAUAUAACCAAUCGGGGCCAAUGGCUGGUAAGCCCAAGAGUAAGGAUCGGAAUGGAGACCUAUCCGUAGCCAUCGACCAUGUGUUACCAGCAAAUUCACUGCUCGGUUUACAUCCGGAAUUUGAACCUGCCUCGGGAAUAGAAAGAACCAAGCCAUGCCUUAAACGAUUAUAUCAUACGGUAUCCAUCCCACUCAAGCCUCCAAAUACUUCGAACAUGCCACGCCAAGAUAUCGAAUUCCAAACUCACGACAAUGUGACUCUUCGCGGUUGGUUAUACACACCUGCGAGCGUCUCGGACGACCAGAAGCUGCCCGUCAUAAUCAUGUCUGCCGGCUGGGAAAGUCUCAAAGAAAUGAGUCUCGAUCAGACUGCUGAGGCAUUUGUUGCGAAGCUUCCUAUCGCAGCUCUUGUCUACGAUCAUCGAAGCUGGGGCUCUAGUGAUACGGCUCCGGGUCAACCAAAGCAUGAGAUCAUUCCAUCGGUUCAGAUGUCCGACAUGCAAGAUGCAAUCACCUAUGCCCAAGGACUCUCGAAUAUUGAUGCAUCCAAGAUUGCGCUUUGGGGAAGCUCCUACAGUGGAGGUCAUGUUUUGCAAGUGACAGCCAUUGACAAGCGUGUGAAAGCCGUCAUUAGCCAGGCACCCAUGGUCAGCGGCUGGGAAACUCUCCUUCGCCUCAUUCGUCCCGAUCUUGUUCCUGGCAUCAACGCAAUGUUCGCGGGCGACCGCCUCUCCAGAGCUGCAGGAAAUGCCGCAGCAACAAUUCCUGUAUCCGAUGCGAAUCCUCUGGUUCCUUCUUCCCUACCAAGCGCCGAAGCUUUUGCAUUCUUCACUGAGUGGGGAUCAAAGCUUGAGGGAAAGUGGAAGAAUGAGGUGACGGUUCGAAGUCUUGAAGCUAGCCGCUCAUAUGAUCCUUCUCUGUUCAUCGAACGCAUUGCACCUGUACCAUUGCUCAUGGUGGUUGCGAGGGAGGAUGUCACCACGCCUGUUGAUAUCUCUCUAGCUGCUUAUCAGAAGGCUCGUGAGCCGAAGCAGCUUGUAUUGCUUCCAAGUGGGCACUUUGAAGUGUAUUCGGGUUCAAAUUUUGCCCUUAGUUCUUCCAAGCAAAUUGAGUUCUUGCAGGCGAACUUUGACAUCCUGUCGGAAAUAGUUCAAGACAUCCAUCCCGCAAGAAGCGCCUAUAUGCUAAGUGAAACCUGCGAAUUUUUUGAUGUUUGA